CCCCGUUUCCAUGACAACAUCCCCUGCGACCUCAAACUGAGGGAGCGAGCGAGCAUGGCGGCUCACGCCGGGGACAAGUCCAACUUCACCUUCAGGUUCCUUCCUCAGAGAACCUUCCAGUCCCUCAGCAGCUCCGACACGGUCCAGCGCCUACGGAAGUGGUCCAUGCAAGGAAGGCUCUGCGCGCAGGCGUUCGGCUUCGACGAGAACUUCCAGGCCUACUGCAAAGAUGAUUUCUUUAUGGCUUUUUUUAGAGACCCAAAUGUUAUUUCGGAUUUGAAAUUACUUUCAGAUUCUUCUGGACGAUGGAUUAAUUUAGGAGCAGAAGUAAAGAAAGUUGAAGCCAUAAGUAUUCCCUGCACACAAAUUUCAAUGUCAUUUUUUGACCGAUUAUAUUCUGAAGAAAUUGUUCGAGAGAACGGACAUAUUGUUAAAUGUUUGGAUAAUUUCUGUGACCCUUUUCUCAUUUCUGAUGAGUUAAGAAAAGUUUUACUAAUAGACGACUCUGAAAAAUAUGAGGUAUUCAGUCCAUUGGAUCGUCAAGAGUUCCUUUUUUGUAUUUUUAAACAUCUUUGCCUCGGUGGACUUCUUUGUCAGUAUGAAGAUAUACUUGACCCAUAUCUGGAAACCACAAAGACUAUCUAUAAGGAUCUUGUAAGUGUUAUAAAGGAACCUCAGACCAAAAAUAUAUGUGUUACUUCUGUUGUCUUUAAGGUUACAGCAUACGAUGAAAAUGGUAUGUGCUACCCUUCAACAAAAAGUCAUGAACAAUCAUUUGCUUACAUGGUUGUGGAUCCUUUAAAACGUCAUGUUAAUGUUUUGUACCAUUGUUUUGGUGUAGGUGAACUAUCUUUCUAAUUGAUAUCCCAAGUAUAUGUGUGUGUGUAUGUAUGCAUAUAUAUAUAUAUAUAUAUAUAUAUAUAUAUAUAUAUAUAUAUAUAUAU